GUCAAUACGCUCGUGCGGUGUCCCGUCAAGGUAAUAGCGGACUAUCGUAAGGCAGGUAUUUAUUGAUACUACUCGAUAAUUUUCACUCAAAGAUAAUUGACUGACUGCUGAGAAUGGCUCGGAAUUAUCCGGCAAACACGCAGAUUCAGAAAUUUUUAGAGGAAUCAUACAAUAAAGAACGAGACACGCGCUUGCAGUGGUUUUACAAACUUAAAGAUUCCAAUGGACAACUUGCCACUUCCAAACAAUCCGAAGUUGCGAGAAGGAAAAUUCAAAAUGCUCCAAAACCCGCAGAGGACAUUUUCAAAAAGCUUCCAGAGGAUUAUACUCCUCCGAAAUUCAACAAAGUGAAAUCGGACUUUAAUGCUUUCCCUGAUAUGUCUAAGGCGGAAGGAAAGCUCCAGCAGCUGGUUGCUGAGAUGCGACCCCCCUCCGCUGGUACCCGGGAAAAGUUAUACGACGGUUUUACGAAGGAGGGCAAGGGUAGAUAUCAAUAUCUGUGCGAGAGAAAUAGGAAGGGACCGGAAGAGAAAUUUGCUUUCCCUUUACUGAGUUCGUGGGAGUACGGAUGGAGACUUGGAGAUGUGAUAAAGAAAGAGGAAAUUAAAAAGCCUCCCUAUGGUCGUACCAGAAUUGUAGCGGACACUUUCUACACGCGCACUGGAAUUCCAGAUAACCCCUCGGUCAGUGUAUAAAACUCAGGAACGUCAUAAUAUAGUAUUGUUUUUUUUAAACUGUCAACAAAAGUAUUAAUUUAAUUAUUACAAUGACCACCUACUCUUCAGUAUUGUAAAAAGGAAAAAAUAGACCUCUUUCAACAGUAUUGACUUUUUUCAGUGAGUUUUUAAAGUCAUCUAUUUGUGGUGACAUUUAAAUAAUCUUUUUAUAAGCCUUGUUGUGAAAUACCUUAUGCAAAAUUGUGGAAGUAUUAAAUUAAUGAACUGUUGUCUGCUAAACGUGAUCGUUUGUUUAACACUUAUAGAACGUUAUUGUGUUUUUUCCCCUUCCAAACAGUACUUACUUGUUUUUUGCACCUGCAUUUAGCUAUUGCUCAAACUGUUAGCUCAUAACUCUGUAUGCAUACUUUGUUACUCUUUUUAUCCCAUGUGUUUGUGAGUUUGAUGAAAGUGUUUCGAUUGUGAUUAUGGAGUACAUGACUGGAAAAAGUGAACCAGCUUUUUUACUUUUCCGGGCCCUUUAUCAGUGCCAUCCGUCCAAAUUGGCAAAAGUUUAAUAUAAAUUAUUUAAGUAUAAUUAUAUUGAAUGUAUUUUUAAUAUGAAUGCUUGUAUAUAUAUAAUGUAUGGAUGAGUUUCGGCUUCAAAAUAUUUUGUACCUCUUGAAAAGAAUAUUUGUAAAUUAAAAAAAAAAUGUGGAAGUUCA